CAAAAAUCACCACCAUUAACAUAACACACGCGUGCGCCGCGUUCGGCCGUCGAAAUCGUACCGGGAGCGAUUCUGACGGAUACGCAACGCUUGGUGCAAGUGUUGGCGUGCACACAGCAAGGACACCAUUAUAGGGUUGGUGCUCAGCCUGUCAGAAAUCGACAUCGUGCCAUAAGACUCCAGUACAGAUGCCCUUACAGAGAUAUCCCACUGACGGCAGAUCGACGUCGGCGUAGGUUGGCAUGAGCCCGCGAAUACCGUGACUGGAUGCAGAGGAUGUGGAAUCAAUAACAAGUGUUAUUCUCAGAUGAACAACGUUUCUGUGUAAGCAAUUGUGGGGGAAGAGUUCGACUUCACCGUCGUUGCGUCGAACGAUUCUUCGACUGGAAGCCUGUAAAAGGAUUAAUGGAAUUUGGAUAUUUGACGUGUGAUGAUCCCGUGAAAAACCUGCGACACUCGAGUUACAUUGAAUUUUGAUACCAAUGUUUCUUUGCUCCACCGAAGACUGGCCAAAAACGGCUGCUCCGCACUCGAACUUAUUCCUGCCGUUUCUAUUUCCGAAGGGACUAAACAGCUGAGCAAUCUCAGCUCAAGAAAAAACAAAAAACAAAAAUACCAAAACACAGACAUUCAGGGAAACACGGAUUAACGUGAUGGCUGACGACUUGGCCGCGGGUACAACAGCGGUAUCCUACCAAUCAGAAUACGUGUCACCUUCAGUUCCUGCACUUCUGUCGCUCUUAGGAUCCCUCGGUUUUGUAGGUAACGUCUGCAUGGUGCAUGCCAUCGCCGCUCACAGGAAAAUGCGCACCGUGCCCAACCUGCUGAUUCUCAACAUAGCAGUAGCGUGCCAAGUUUACCUGCUGCUGCCCGUGCCUUUCUACGUUGGCCGCCUCUUCAACAGUCUCUGGGAUGUGCCCAAUGGGCUGUGUAAGUUUGAGGCUUAUCUUGCCGCCGUGGCCGGGUACGUCAGCGUCUUUGCGCUGACCGUCCUGAGCUGGGACCGCCACGAAGUGCUCUCCCUUCCUAAGGAGGCGCGCCAUAAAGAGACCAGCUACGCGAUGGCGUCCUCCCAGGCGAUGGCCAUGUGGCUUGGGGCCGCAGUACUCGCUCUCCCCUCCCUGGUAUUCGGCAAGGUGGACUUCAUCGCCGGAGUUUGCCGGUUCUCGACAAAGCCUGACGAAACGUCCAUCAAGCAGGGCUUUGAGAUUCUCAGGUUCCUGAUCGGCUACGCUUUCCCCCUUAUCAUCAUGGCCUCCUACUACCUGAAAAUUGCCGUCAACGUUUACUGCGGCACCGACGCAAAGAGGUUCCCUGACCCAAGUGAUGCCACGGUCAGUCUGGUUCGGGACCGUGAGCGCCUGACCGUAACUGCACUGAUUGUGAGCGUUUUCUUCACCGUGUGUUGGCUGCCCUACUUCUCUUACUUCAUGCUGCUCGCUUACUUCGCGCAGUGGUCCCAGGCGCUCCGUGACGCCGCCUUGAUUAUGCCAAUCGUCAACAUGUGCCUGACGUCCUGGCUCGUAUUCGCUGUCAGCUCCCGCCACCGGGAGUGCCUGUGUAGUGGUUGGCGGUCAUCAAAGGACUGAUACACUUACGACGCGCGCGAGGAAGACAUCGACCUUGUUACGGAGUCAGAGAGUAACUGGUAAUGCAAUAUCACGUUAAAUCCGCCUACGGACUAAUCGCGUGGCCAUUUCGUCAAAGUUUCAACUGAGUAACAUAAUUAUUAUAUUAUAAUUAUUCAGUCAAUUUCUUUGUUCAUCUUUAUAAUUGAUUUGUAAGCACCAAGUCAGUUUCCCUAUAUAGUUUGUUUCAAGAUCUGUGCUCAAAAAGCGGGAUCCUCCUCAAGUGAUUCCUGUUCACCACUUCCCAGGUUGCAUCGUGUAAUUGGGGUGUGUUCCCUGGCUACAAGGUGUUUCGGUAUUAUGGCUUCUGACUAGCGCCCCCCCCC